AUGACGACAGGUCAUUACUUACGAUCCAUGAAGCAGUUGACCAAUCAGUGGACUCCUACCAACUUUCGUGAUGACCGACGACAGCGUCUCUACCUCAAGGACAUUGAUUGCCCACCCGAAUGGCAGGAGGCACUGCAAAACAUUGUCAAUCCAGUUCUAUUCUAUCUCAACAACACUGUCACCCGCACUGGAGCCAUGUCAGAAACUGAGGAUGAGCCGCGGAACCCUCAGAGCGACGCCGCCUCAGCUGGAGAUCUCAUGUCCAGCCUACCUCGAGAGAUGCGCGCUGAAAACCUGAUGUGUUACAUCGGCCAUGAAGGCACCUACACACCAGCGCAUCGUGAAAUGUGUGCGUCUCUCGGGCAAAAUAUCAUGGUGGAGGCCUCAGGUGACGCAAAUGGUGAAAAGCCCGGCAGCUCGAUCUGGUUUAUGACGGAAAGCAAAGACCGUGCAGUCGUCCGAGAGUACUUUUUGUCAAUGCUUGGCCAUGACAUUGAGAUUGAGAAACAUUUCGCACAAGUCAACGCGUGGAAGAAGGCCCCUUUCGAUGUUUAUGUGGUAGAACAACGCGUCGGUGACUUUAUCCUAGUUCCUCCUCUUGCCGCUCAUCAAGUGUGGAACAGAGGGACAAGAACAAUGAAGGUUGCAUGGAACCGAACGACUGUCGAAACACUCGAGUUAGCUUUGCAAGAGGCACUUCCGAAAGCUCGGCUGGUGUGUCGAGAUGAACAGUAUAAGAACAAGGCCAUGAUCUAUUAUACACUUCAAAUCUAUUACCAACGCCUGCAAUCGCUCGAUGAACAUGCUCGAAAAACUCAUCGGGAUGACAUACGAAACUCCUUCCGGGCCAAACAGCUGGCAUCGGAUUUCAAGAAACUUUUCAUUCUCUUUACGAAAACAGUCGUGGAUGAAGUGUUUUUAUUCAGGGAGCGGGAGGUUGAAUUCGUCCCUUUUGACUCCUGCAUCACUUGCUCAUACUGCCGCGGAAAUAUUUUUAAUCGUUUUCUUACUUGCAAGAGAUGUGUUCGGACUCUCGUCAACGGCGAUGAAGAUACAUACGACGUCUGCAUGGAAUGCUAUGCCAUGGGCCGGUCUUGCGGCUGUCUGUCGGGUUUGCAAUGGUGUGAGCAGUGGCACUGGAGUGAGCUUGUUGAAAACCAUGAAAAAUGGCGCUCAAUGAUCAUCUCUAAUGAUGGGUUCAUCGAUGUCAAUAUUUCUCCACAGCCACUUGAAGUUGCGAAACAACUAAGUGGCAAGAAAUCAGUUGCACAAAUCUGCCAAGAGGCACUGCGACAACGACCGUGGAAGGACAUCACUCAAACCGAAAAAGAACUAGCUCCAAGCGAAUCCGAGGAAGGCGAAGAGGGAGAGCAGUCCAAAGCGAAGAAGAGCCGGAGCAGGAGGAAAAAGAAAGGCAAUGUGCGGCGAUGCCAUGUGUGUUGUCACAAGGAGCUUGUUUAUCGCAUGCAGAUGUGCUCAAAUCCCGAUUGCUUAGAAGGAUAUUGCUUUGGUGUCCUUUAUAGAGCCUUCGACAUGAUGCCACAAGAAGUCCUCCAGGACGAAAAUUGGCAGUGUCCAAAGUGCUUAGGAAUAUGCAAUUGCGGCUACUGUCGCCGAACAGGAACUACCAACCCAUAUACGCCGAAAAACACAUCGCUUGGGCACGAUACAAGGGCUGUUGCGGAUGACCGAAGUGUCGAAGCUCUUGUUGAUUUUCGACUACACAAUUUGGCUUGGUUGAAGGCCGCUGGUGAAAAAAGCCGCGGCCAGGAUACCAAGCGCAUGCAGCGGUUGCGAGAACAAGCGGACACAGCCAAGGCGGAGGGUGAACACCAUGAAGACGACGACGCAGGCCCGGCUGCUGAAAGCUCAACCCAUGAUUCAUCCCAUCACGAACGGCCAACACCGAUAGCUGGCGGUACUUCUUACCAACAAGGGGCGGAACCAGCCGGCUUUGCGCAGCUCAGUCUCAAUCAACAGGCAGCGGGGCCAUCGCCGCAAUCAGCACCCUGGCUUAUUAAUAGAGAUCAGGCUAUGAAUGGGCAAGAUGGAGAUGAUUCGUCUUACCCUGACCCACCUGUAUUCGCAGCUCAAAGGAUCGGAAUGGGCUACUACGAACAAGAUGAUACUCCAGACAAGAUUCUCUUUGACCCAUACCAAGCCCCAACCACCGAGGAUUUGAGGGAGGAGGAAGCAGACAUACCGGACUUGGUUAAGAAAUCUAUUCGCAGCGCAAAGAGAAAGGCGAAAAAGGACAAUGAAGACCCAGAGUUCAUCAUCAAGAGUCACUCGCGGAAACGGCCAAAGCCCCAACGCGAGCAUGAUUUCCUCGACAGCAUGGAUCCUGCGUUGUUUAAUGAAGCCCCUGUUGCGUCUGCGCAAGAACCAGCUCCAGAAAGCGGCGCUGGGAAUACUGAGGACAUGACUUCGGUACAACCUGGCUCUGAAGAACCGAAAAGGAAGGGGAAUCUCCGCUAUGAUGCGAGCGAACCCCUACUAAGGCAUGCAAAGCCCAAGGCAUCUUAUGUUGAAUUGGAAGACUUAGAGGUGGAAGAGUUCAACGACAAUGAGCAAGCCAAUACGCCACCAGCAAGCGCACCCGGAAAACCAUCACCUAAGCCAACAAUGGAUGCUGCGCCUGAGGUAGAAGCUGACGACGCGACUAUCGACAAGAAUGAUUCAUCAGCUCAAGUCCAUUCCCACAGCAGCGCCCCUACAGGACAAAAACGCCGUGGCCGACCCCCCGCGCACAGCAAACGCCCACCUUCAGUAAGCCUAGAAAUCCGGUCUACGAGAGCUGAUAUCACGGAAAAGACGAAAGCCAGCAGCGAUACACGGCGACGCGGCGUUGGACGUCCUAGGAAGUCCGGCCCAGGGAUCGCCUCAAAGCGGAUAAGAGCUGAAGAAGCCGAUUAUGAGCCCGCUUCUACUGCCCACAAACCACGCAGAGGUCGACCUCGUGCUUCCGAGCCCUCCCGAUCACCAGCUCCUAAGCGGGCUGGCACUGCAGGUCAACAGUUCAUGUCUCUGAAGGAGCGUAUGGCGCUCCGUGGAAAAACGUUCAAGAUUGCAAAGCGAGGUUGGGAUAGUACAUCAUCACCCAGCGCCCCGCAGCCUAAUUCCCCCAAGAGAUCGGCAAGCAUGACUGUGCAGCUGCCCAGCUUUACUGCGGUUAAUAAGCCUACGAUGGUUCGCAAACAGUCCUUCGAGGAUGUUGACGAAAACACCAGCACUGCCUCUCGGCAAGAGAGUGGUGUGAACGUCACCUAUGCAGAAGAAACAGGCGGUUCGGGGAGCGAUUCAGGUUCCAGUGACAAUGAUAUUCCGGCAAGAAUUGACCGGUCGGGAAGUACGUCUAGGCCGAUUUUUGUCGCGCUCAGGGGGCGCGGGCGGCCGAGAGGACGACCGAGCAUGCGACCCCGUGGGCGAGGGCGCCCUUAA